GUCCAACUAGAAUUUACUUUUGCUUGAGUUGUCAAAGCGAACAGUUGUGUUCUGGUCCGAAAAAUGAGAACUGGAAUAUUUGUACUUGUUGCUGUUGCAGCGAUAGGCGUUGUUGUUGCCUCGAGUAUACCGGCCGGUGAACUGUUCCACGAUCCACUGGAACACGACUCCCUCCACGACAAGCACUUUGAGGGCGGCGAGCACAAUGCCAAGUACGACCACGAAGCCUUUUUGGGUGCCGAUGAAGCCAAGAAGUUUGACGAACUCACGCCGGAGGAGAGUAAGAGGCGUCUAGGAAUGAUUGUGGAUCGCAUUGAUGAAGAUAAGAACGGUUUCAUCACAUUGGCUGAGCUGAAGAAUUGGAUUAAAUACACACAACGUCGUUACAUCGAUGAAGAUGUGGGACGCGUGUGGCGUCAACAUAAUCCCGAUGGCAAUGCAACUAUCGGCUGGGAGGUUUAUCGCAAUACUGUCUAUGGAUUUAUGGAUGCAUUGGACAAGGAAGAGCUUGAGCAAGAGGAGCAUGGUGUCUCCUACAAGAGCAUGCUGAAACGGGAUCGUCGUCGCUGGGCUGUUGCCGAUCUGGAUUUGGAUGAUCAGCUGACACGCGAGGAGUUCACCGCCUUUCUGCAUCCCGAGGAGCAUCCCACCAUGCGUGACGUGGUGCUGCAGGAGACCACCGAGGAUUUGGACAAGGACAAGGAUGGCAAAAUCUCAGUAGAUGAAUACAUCGGCGACAUGUACCGCCCAUCCACAGAGGGAGAGGAGGAGCCCGAGUGGGUGCUCAGUGAACGGGAAGCAUUCACCAAACAUCGCGAUCUGGACGGCGAUGGUUUCCUGACAGAGACGGAAAUCCGGCAAUGGAUUGUGCCCAAUGACUUUGAUCAUGCCGAGAGCGAGGCGAAGCAUCUGAUAUUCGAGGCAGACGUGGAUCACGAUGAGCAGCUGACCAAGCAUGAGGUACUGGACAAAUACGAUGUAUUCGUUGGCUCCCAGGCCACAGACUUUGGUGAAGCUCUAGCCCGCCACGAUGAGUUCUAGAAUCUAUAAUCUGGAGAGAGACUAUAACAAUGGGAAACUAAGAAAUCUCAAUCUCGAAUAUGCCAAAUAAAGUGUAAUACAUAAUUUAGCGAUUAAGUGAAAUCUGACAAGUGCAUUAAUAAUAAAAAAUAUACGACUGUGGCUUUAAGAAAAGCCUCAAUUAUGUUAAAUU